AUGUACAUACAAGGAACGAAGUCUCGCGCGACCCUACCUGGAUUCACCCGUUUUCGAGUGGGCGGGCUCCCAUUCCAUCCCUUGAACGUCAUGACAUCAUCGGCUCAACCUUCCCCUCAUCUUCUCCGCAUUCCCCCUCAUCCGCCCCAUGCGACCGUCAUCGGCGCGCUCUUUGCUGGGCGCGCGGCGGGGCGGGCGCUUCUGGGGGCGGCGUGGGUGGCGGGAUGGGUGGGGCUGUGCGCGUGGGUGGUGUGGUUUGCGCACAAGCAGGCGGACGAUCCGCGGCAGGAGGCGAUCGGCGUGUGGUGCCGCACGCGCGUGCGCUACCUCCACCAGGACAUCCGCUCCGCCAUUGCGCGCGCCGAGGUACUGCGCUCUCGGAGGUGCGCGCGCCGAGGUACUGCGCGCGCAGUGCUUCCGCCGUACCUUAAAAUUCGCGACGGUGCUUCCGCCCAUCCCCAUUCGUACGCGCGCAGGUGUUUCCGCCCUACCCUUUCUUCCGCCCCACCCUUCCCUUCCGCCCUACCCUUACCUUCCGCCCUACCCCUCGUCCCCUUCGUCCCCGCUGCACUGAACCCUCUUCCCGCUGCAGAGGCGGACGGGGAAAUAACAAGGGAGCCAUGUAAACUGCCUGCCCUGCCCUGCCCCGCCCUGCCCUGCCCCGCCCCGCCCUGCCCUGCCCUGCCCUGCCCCGCCCUGCCCCGCCCUGCCCCGCCCUGCCCCGCCCUGCCCUGCCCUGCCCUGCCCCGCCCUGCCCCGCCCUGCCCCGCCCUGCCCUGCCCUGCCCUGCCUCGCCCUGCCCUGCCCCGCCCCGCCCUGCCCUGCCCCGCCCUGCCAGGAGUCGACUGGGCUGAUGCGGGUGCUGGGGUCGUUUGGGCCGCGCAGCAGCAGCAACCUGAGCUACUGGGGGCUGGCGGGGAGUCGACUGGGCUGAUGCGGGUGCUGGGGUCGUUUGGCCCUCGCAGGAGCAGCAACCUGAGCUACUGGGGGCUGGCGGGGUGCGUGAACAACGUGAAUCUAUUGGAGUACACGAUGUGGGCCGACCGCAUCGCCAACUACAGCAGCGGCAGCGCCUUUCUGCUGCUCUACGGUGACCAGGACAGAGCUACAGUGGAGAAAAUCACAGGUUAUCAGGUGCGCUCUGUACUGGGGCUGCCAGCGCCACACAAGGACCUGUACGACGUGAACAUCGUCGGCAACACGGAAGAGAACAUUCCGCCGCUGACAGACAUCUCUCCCCUCAUUCCGCCUGACACUCUCGCUGGCCUGCUCGCUGGCAAGCCCAGUGCUGGGCCCCCGCUGUUCGUCGCUCCUGGUCACGUGUCUAGUGUUUUCGUCAUUACCAUUCUGCGCCAGCCCGUGCCAGCCAGUGCAUCAGCGCAGGAGACAAGGGAGAGCAUCAGCACGCUGUGGGGCGCUGUGGUGCAGCUGGAGUGGCGGGCGCGGAACAUACUCGAGAUGCUACAGGAUGAUGGAGAAGGUAUGGUAUGCUGCAGGAUGAUGGAGAAGGUAUAUGAUGCUUAG